UUGACGGACAUGGUUGUCCAGUCGUGUCUUCGGCCGUGACUUUAGGAGAUAUUUGUGGUCAAUUUGUUCUAACGGGAAAGAGACCAGUAAUGACUGUUUAAAUGUGUAUUCGUACAUCAGAACUCAGCGUAAAGUUUAACUUCUACUUGUGAAAAGUAUUUAAAAUGCACCACUAAAAUCUGAUCAAAAAGAAAAAAAAAGUGAAUCUGUUAUCAUGUGUACACAUUAAACUUACUUUAAAUGCGCAUACUUUCUUUUCCUAUAUUAACAAAUCUAAUGUAUACAAAUCGCUAAUCGUAUGCUUCUGAAAAAUUAAACUCGACAAGAUAUUUUCUUUUUUUAUUGACUGGAGUUUCCGUCAGUUCAUAUUCUAAAAAGAGUGAAUCAAAAGUGUUCUAUGACUUUUCUUUUGGACUAAGUCUUAUUAUUUAUGCUGUUUUCCCUCUCUUUGGUCGCCCAUAUAGUGUGCCUGUGGUUCUAGAAAAGCAGAUCACAAGUUCUCUCUCUCUCAAACACAUACGCUGGGUCAUCGUUAACUUCAACGACCAUUGGAAUUUCAACUUCUGCGACCUACUUCCCUACGUCAUGAUCCCUCAUUAUGUCUUCUAAUUCGCUUUGGUGUGACCGGAGGCGGAAGUAAAUAUCUCUCCUGAUUUUAACCAAAAUAAAAGCCAAAUUUAAAAGCAAAAAAAAAAAGGCAAACUUAAACCAAAAAAAAGUAUCUUUAGCAACGAGAAGAAAAAAAAUUGACAGAAAAAGAGAGAGUGAGAUUGAGACUUGAAAGUGGAACACGCACAGUUCCUUUAUUUUUUUAUUUAUUUUUUUUUUUUGGCUGAAGAAUUAAUUGGGAGAUUUUUGGCCAAAUUUUCAUUACUUCUUCAAAGUGCUUAAGCUGGAGACUUUGUGAGGAAAUUGGAAACGCCUAUACAUGUACAUGGCUUGGAUCAUGGUCAACCCCCUGCACAUUGCAGGUUUCGCCGACUUUGAAUCACUAUUGAUUCUGUCCCUGAUGUGCUCCCUUAUGACGCUCGUAGCUGGAUAUAACGGUGCCAUUCCUGUUGGAGUUAUAUUUGACAAACGUGACUCCGUGUCACAAAGAGCCUUCGAAAGAGCCCUGGCCCACCACAGAGCCCAGAGCAAGUACAGGGACCCCCACUUCCAGCUGAACGUCACAGUGGACGUCAUUGACGUCACGGAUAACUUUCAACUCGCCAGUGCAAUCUGCCGCCAGAUGACGCAAGGGGUGUUUGCUAUUCUUGGCCAAAAGUCGUACCAGUCAGCUGACAUUGUCAAGUCGUUGACCUCGACCUUCCGCAUGCCUUUUAUCACGCCGUCCCUUGCUCAGUCCUCAGUGUUGGGAGGUUCAUCCAGCUAUGAGCUUCAUCUGAGACCAGACCACACAGCAGCAGUGAUUGACGUCAUAGAGCAUCUGCACUGGAAAGAGGUUCACUUCUUGUACGACUCGGAUGAAGGUUUACAUAGACUUCAGCACAUGUAUAAGAUGAUGAGCAACAACAGUGUCCGCUGGUUCUCCAUGAUCAGGUUCAGCGACAUCACUGACGUCCACGAUGACCUGCGCAUGACCGACUUCUCGGACAACUAUACCAGGUACCAGAAAGCCUUUGUCCUUGACCUAUCCUCGGACGAGGCCUACCAGACAGUACUGAAACAGAUACCGGAAGUCGGAAUGAAUAAAUUUGGCUACAACUACCUCUUGACAAGUCUGGACUUUCAGUCCAUGAAUCUAUCCAGGUUUCGACACGGCGGAGUAAACAUCACAGGCUUUCAACUUUUGGAACAUCCACAGAUCAUCUCGGAAGAUUUCAGCCGGAAGUCACGUGACGGGGACAUGCCCAACAGCUAUGGACUUCCGGUACACGCCGCCCUUGCAGUUGACGGUUUGAAGGUCAUCGAAGAGGCCAUUUCUGGUAUGUUGGAAAACGAUAGCGACGUAUUCCGGUGGAUAUUUCGUCGCGGAGAUCUCUACAACCUGAACAAAACCAAGGGGAUUCCUUGUACCACGAGACCCCCGUUACCUUGGAUGUUUGGUCAGAAUAUAUUGACUCUUAUUAAGAAGCGCCAGCCACAAGGAUUAUCCGGAAGUCUCACUUUCGACGAGGAUGGUCACCGCAAAGAUUUCAGUCUGGGCGUCUUUUCGAUGGCACUCGACAAAGGGAUUCAGAAGAUAGGUACCUGGUCACCGAAACGCCGUUUCGUCAGCAUCUAUGACCGAGAGGAGAUGUACCCCGACCAAGAGAGGAGGGACGCUAACGGCACUAAGAUCAUCACGUCCAUAUUGGGCGCUCCUUUUCUUGUGUUGAAGGAAAGAAAAGAUGGGGAGCCUGCGCCUCAAGGAGAUAACAGAUAUGAAGGUUUUUCCGUGGAGCUGGCCAACGCUCUGGCUAAAGAGGUUGGCUUUACACACGAGUUUCGCAUCGUGGCAGAUAAUGCCUACGGAGCCAAGCUAAGCAAUGGCAGCUGGAACGGCAUGAUUGGGGAACUCAUUAGCGGGGUUGCUGAUCUGGCCGUGGCGCCAUUGACCAUCACUGCCGAGCGAGAACGCUAUGUGGACUUUUCAAAACACUUUAUGGAGAUUGGAGUCACGAUAGUUAUCAAGAAGCCUCAGAGUCAGAGACCCGGCGUCUUUUCAUUUAUGGAGCCUUUGUCUUUUCAGGUCUGGGUGUGUAUCAUCGUCGCCUACCUGACGGUCAGCAUUGGUCUCUUCCUUGUGUCCCGGUUCAGCCCCGUGGAGUGGAAGAAAGUGAGGGAGCACCAAAACAACAUUGACUGGACGCAGGUCAGGGCAGACAAGGACGGCCUCUACCACAACGACUUCUCGCUGUUCAACUCCUUUUGGUUCUCCAUGGGGGCGCUGAUGUUUCAAGGGAGCGACACCUGCCCCAGAUCUAUAUCCGGGCGAAUCAUAGGCGGCGCCUGGUGGUUCUUUGUACUGAUCAUCAUCUCCUCCUACACCGCCAACCUGGCUGCUUUCCUGACCAUUGAAAGGAUGAUCAACCCGAUAGAAUCAGCAGACGACCUGCUUAACCAUCCAAGCAUCAAGUACGGGGCAGUUACUUCUGGUUCCACACUGCAGUUCUUCUUGAACUCUGAUGUGCCUGUGUACAGACAGAUGGGAGAAUACAUGAAAACACAUUCUGAAGUCCUAGUGCAAAGUAACGAGGAAGGUAUCGAGAGAGUUUUAAAAUCCAAAGGAAAAUACGCUUUUCUGGCCGAGUCCUCUUUUAUAGAAUACAUCAACGAGCGAUCACCUUGUGAUACAGUCAGUGUCGGCGGCAAGCUCAACAAUAUAGGAUUUGGUGUGGCGACACCAAGGAACUCUCCGCUGAGGGACCCAAUCAACGUGGCCGUACUAAAACUGAAGGAAGAGGGGACGCUGUACACACUGCACCAGAAGUGGUGGGUGGAGAAAGGACAAUGUGGUGGCGCUCAUCAGAGUAAGCAAAAGGGAAAGUUGUCUUUGACAUUAAGUAAUGUUGCUGGAAUAUUCUAUAUACUUAUCGUUGGCCUGGUCGUGGCUAUUGUCCUCGGAGUGUUUGAACUCAUGUGUUUCAGAGCAAGGAAAAAAGAAAAGGUUCUCUUAAGAGAGGAGAGAUUGUCCGGUGAUGGCUUCCUGAGAGGUACUAACACACUGACCACACUCUGUAACACACCGAACGACAGAGAGGAUGGCAUGUUACCGUACGACUCCAGACGACAGACUCCAGAACCGCCGAUACUAGAUGGUGAAAGAGAGAAAUAUCCCGACACGUUGUCUCGUAGACUGAACUCCGACCCACCAGACUAUAUAGGCUUCGAAAAGUUUCAAGUGGACAUUCAGGCACCUUACAGCGACAAGAGUGACAUAUUUUGACACAAGACUGGCGGCUAAAUUUCUGUUAUUAUUUAAAAACUAGCAAUUGGUGAUCGUCUGCUGUACAUUUGAGGAAGUUCAAUGGUGCGCAUGCUCAGGCUUAUGUCUCUUGCAUGAAUGCUUUCCAGUGGCAAUUUAAAAAAAAAAUAAACGAAACAAUUACUGCUUUAGGAUAAUUAAUUUGCUCAAAAUCAGUUGUAAUAUUCAUAUAAGAAUUUGUAAUUUUGUUUCUGUCAUAUUCUAAAUAUGUAUCAAGUCAAGUGCAAACACACUUAUAACCAUUUACCCAGAAGCAACAUAAAGUGUCAAAUUUGUAAACUGGAGAAUGUUCGCUUGUUUCAUGAGAUGAAAGCUAGGGCCAGUUGAAGAUGUCUAAAGUUACAAGAGUGUUUGAGAAAAAAAAAAAGAUUCAGAUAUUUUUGUAAGAAUUCUCCAAGUGACGUAAUUUUUUUUCCCAUAUUUAUGUGUUGUUUUUUUUUACUAUUAUUUACUGCCAAAUUCUUGUCCAUAUACAUAGCAGACGUGAGUGAGUAGCCUAUCUUCCGGUUUAUCAAUUUCAAUGAUAAUCCAUAUCAGUGUGUUUAAAAAUCUACUGAUUGGUGCCAAUGUGUGUGCAAUUUCAAUUUGAUCGAUACGAAUUAUCGAAUCUGACUCUUUAUAACCAUGUGAUAACUUUUUUUUUAUUAUUGCAACUUUCAUGUACAUAAUUAUAAUAUUUCAUAAUUUCAUGUCUUCUCAUGUUAUUUUGUAUUUUAUUUUAAGCAUUGUAGAUCUAUACAGUUGAUAGGACAGAGAAUGAAUGGACGGUUGUACGUUUCUACUGUAAUAAAUUAAGGGCAAGCAGUGGCGUAGCAAGGUGCCCGUUGGCCCGGGUUCAAUAAUAUGCUCUUCUCCUCCCCCUCCAGCCCAUAGGAAAAAUUUAGUGUGUGACAAAGAAAUCGAGUAGUCUGUAUGCAUCGGUACAUUUACCAAAAGACAUUCCAAUGAAAUUAGUGUACCUUUAUUUGUAAGUAAUAAAGUCAUUACGUUUGAUACAGUUAUUACUCAUUGUAAAUAAUAGUGUAAUAAUUGUAAAGAUAAAUUGUAAUUUCUUCCUACUUGGACUUCAGCCAAUAUUUCUUACUUUUGGUUCUCCCAUAUAUGAUUUGAGUCAUGGCCUUCGACACUAAAAUCAGACUGAUGCACUCCUAUGUCAUAGUUACAUUCUUAUACUCUUGCGACUGUUGGAUGCUAACUGCAGAACUAGGGAGGAGGAUCCUAACAUGUAAGGCGAGUAUUUGAUUUUCUUUAGUAUUUUUGAUAAAACUGUAUUACCCAACAAGCCUAUUAACUAGUUUUGAAAUUGUUGGGCGAGGUAAGAAGUGUGUGUGUUUGUUUUCUUCAAUACUAGAUCAUACUCUUGGAAAUCAAACCAAAGUGCACAUUUGUAUUCACUUUUGUGUCGACCCCAUUGGUUCAUGUAAGCCCUGUCGGUCUGUCAAGAAUCAUGGUUUCCCAAUCAUUGUCCCAAUCGCAAUGAACCCCCCCCCUCGAGCUAUGGCUCUACGACACAGGCUGUGGGCCCCUAAUGGUCUUGGGCCCGCCUUCAUUGAACUCCUUCGCGCCAUGGAUGCUACGCCACUGCGUGACUGAAUAACGGUGCAAAAGUUUAAUGACUUUCUAACAAAUACUGAUAUAAAGAGGCGAUUCACCCACCGGCUACCUAAGUUCUCUAUACUUCAUUAGAAUCCAGCAGAGAUCCACCAUGUCUCUUGUUUCUCUUUAGAUCUGUUCAUGCCUUGUGUUGAACAGCGCGCUGGUACGCACCAUAUGCACCAGCGUAGGAGAUAUAUAUAUCCAAUAUUUUACCAUGCGCAAAUAUAUCCAAUGUAUGUCGUUAUUAGCUCAAUUUCUAUUCAAGACAUUUAUUUUAGUUGCUGUAAUCAAAUAACGAGCAGUUCAUUUUCUGUCUCUUUUUAUCUUGUUUAUCAGUUACAGGGCGGUCUAGAAUACUAAUUCGCCGUUCUCUUUUUGCGUGACAUGUGACGUGACAACCAGCUAUUAGCUUCAAGAUCUCUAAAGAGACCAAUCGCGUUAUACAGUGGAGCCUCGAGAUACGAGUUUAAUUCGUUCCAGACCCCAGCUGUAAGUCGAAUUACUCGUAUCUCAAACGAAUUUUUCCCAUAUAAAAUAAAGUAAACCCGAUUAAUUGGUUCUAACCCUAUAUAAAGUUCCAAAAUAACCUAAAUGCUGAAAAACGUAUGCAUAAACAAUAAAAUAAAUAAUGAAAUGAGAAAUGCAGAAAUGAUAUCAAUCAAAUGUAGGUCAAGCAAUGGUCAAUGUACAGAGCAUUUUCUGAGUGGCUGACGACUGCAGCUGAGUGCGGGUGAGGAGGAGGGAGUGAGGGGUAGGGAGGACGAGUUGACUGCACAGAACAGACACAAAACAACACUGAUUCGUUUCGAUGGAUAUCAACCUCUUCUUCGUAUCAUUGGACUUUGCGCUUAGGCUACGUUAAUUUUCUUGGGACCCAUGAUGCACAAGAAUAAUUCCGAUUCAAAUCACUCAACUCGCAAGCUACAAUACUCACACUACUGAGACGAGCCAGCGCUGUGAUAGGUGCGAUUGGUCGAGAUCAUGGUGUACCCACUCUGUGCUGUUUUUGUCCAAGUAACAACUGAGGCAACUUCUCCCCAUUUUCCCGCGCUGGCAAUUAUGGUUCCUGUUCCAAGUGAGAACGGAAAGAUCCGAUUUCGCACGAUCAUCGUCGAUAGGUUUUAACUAUAAAGCUCGACUCGAAUUGUCGCUCGUAAAACAAACAGAAAUUUCGCUCCUGAUGCUGCUCGUAUCUCGAAUUACUCGUAAGUUGAGCAGCUCGUGUCUCGAGGUUCCACUGUAGUAGGCCUAAACACUGACCUUCGACGUCGCAAAAUGUUGGCAGUUUUAUCCAAUUGCUAGUUUCCAGAUCACAGAUCAGACCUCACGACCUGUGACGUGGCAACGAGCUGCCCACAGGUUGCAACGUGGCAUAUCAGUGAUCAUAGGCCUACUAUUACGAUUGGUCUUGGUUAAUACUAUUUUGUACCUGUAGAUCUGUUCCUCAGUCUGAUGACACAACUCCAAACGUGUUGGUGGGGAAAAAAAUCCUCUUUAAAGAAUUAAAUCUUUGUAUUAAUCUCAAUUGAAAUUAUAGAAUGAAUAAUUACCCACAUUAUUCUUAGUGAGAUCCCACAAUACAGUGAUUUCAAUAUAAAAUCCACUGAUAUAUUUCCAAUAUAAAGUUUACCGCUAUUCUUCUUCCCUCUAAUUUAUACUGCCUCAAAUUAAUUUCAACAUCAGCUAUGACAAUAAUUUGAUUAAAAGUUAUUGUGUGGUUUGAUUUUAUUUUACAUUUUCCAUAGACUUUUUUUUAGAUAUAAAACAGAUUCGCGACAACUUUUGACGUUUAGAUAAUCUUGGCACGCUGUAAUACAUGACACCCGCCAUUUCUAAUAAAGCCCACUUUAAGAUGAUGCCUACGAUAUAGUUCUGAUAGCUAGUACCAGAUUUAGACUCGAUAAGGGGUAAGCUAUUCAAGAUAUGUGGACCCCUGUAAUCAACAUUAGGGAAAAUUUCUUUUGCUGUUUCUUAAAAAUCAUUGAAAAUAACUGGGGAACCCUUUUCGUGGCUGGCUCGUGUUGUCUUUAGGACCGUAAAUGCAGCAAUGUUAUUGCUCCUUCUUACUAGCUUUAUAUCUGAUCUUUGAUACUACAACGUUCGUAUUGUAUUUGCUAUGCAGAUGAUUGUUAAAGACUUCUAUUUGAUUCGACUAUUGGCCUGACUUCAAAAUAUUUUAAGCGUUUCAUUUCCAUGUCAAGUUUAGAUGAGCCCGUGGCUUCUUAUUUUGAAAGUACAAUGUUAAAUAAUUGAAAUUAUUAUUUCGACGUUUACUUUUAAAAGGAGACAUGGACUUGGUAUGUUUUGGUAUUUUAUUUAAGUAGAAUUUUACCUUCUUUUAGGUCCAAAUGUUAUUUCAAUUAUGAUGAUUUCUGACUUUGUACAUGUUUUGUCAUAGAUGUGUUAUGUACAUAUUUAUAGUUUUGUACACAAAAUAAAUAAUUCA